UAUUUUCAUCCUCCUGCCGGAAUAUUCGUUCUCCAAUCAUCCCCGUUAUCCGUCCUCGCCUAUCCGGCGAUCGCUCUUUCUGUUCCUUUUUUCUGUAAUUUUUUCGGAUUCUGGAAUUUCUCAGGGUUGAUUUUUCUGUGAUUGAGUCGCUUUGGAAGAUCUUUUUUCCGAUCGAUUAAAAGAUUCAUUGCAGGGAAAGUAUCUUCCUUUUGAGUGCUGGCGUUAUUCCAAAUAUGUGUGAUUCAUGUAAAAGUUAGGCUGUUUAAUGUAAUUUAGUGAGUGUUCUUUAUGGAAAAUCCCAUCAAUGUGGUCUAAUUUGGAAGGUUUGGAUGGAUAUGUGUGAAUCAGAGCGACGAUUGCAGAAGCUUGCAGCCAUUGAUACCGCAAGGCGACCCCUUGUUCCUGCUGAAAAAAACAAUGCACCUCUCGCAGUUCGGCAGCCUCGAACUAGGGAGAUUAGUUCGAGGUAUAAAUCACCCAUUCCUUCAACACCUUUUGGUUCCAGGCGUUGCCCAUCUCCAAACCUUACUAGAACAACCUCUACUCCUUCCCAGAUGGUGCAAAAUAGAUCUAUAUCAGCUGAGAGGAAACGCCCCUCAACACCAUCUUCACCUCGAAGUCCAUCUACGCCGGUUCAAGAUUCAUCAGUAGGUGUGCAGAUAUCAUCUAGAAGGCUUUCAAAUGGCCGCACACCUGAAGGUUUAUGGCCAUCUACCAUGAGAAGUCUUAGUGUUUCAUUUCAGUCGGAUACAAUUUCAAUUCCUGUUAGCAAAAAGGUAAAAGAAAAACCGGUUAGUAAUAUUUCAUUGGAUCGUACUUUGAGACCUUCUUCAAAUGUGGCACAUAGACAACAGUCUGAAAAAUCUACUUUAUCGCGCAAGCCUACUCCGAGAAAGAGAAGUCCUCUUAAAGGGAAGAAUGCGCCUGAUCAAUCUGAAAAUGCUAAACCAGUUGAAGGUUUGCCUGGCCGAACAAUAGAUCAGCAUCGAUGGCCUAGUAGAAUUCGUGGGAAACUAUCUUCCGAUUCAUUGAAUAGAAGUUUAGAUCUGGGUGAUAAUAAGAUUGUUAAAAGUUUAUCUACACCAGUUCCUGGAAUGGGGUUAUCUUCACAGAAGAGAAGGCCAAUUUCUGAUAGUUUGAGUAUCACUCAAAAGAAAUCCGCUAGUGAGACUUCCAAUUUGUUAUCACUUAAUGAAAUCAGCCGGAUAGGACCUGAGGCAAUUUCAAUUGAUGAUAAGUCUCUGCGGGUAUCUGGACCUGCAAGGCUCCUUUCUGCAAGUUCAUUGGACAAAGUGACACUGGCAACUCAUGCUUUCAAAUCUCAGUCUUUGUCUGCUCCUGGAUCACGUCCUCAGACACCAAAUAGAACUUCUGUUUCUAGGGGUGCCAGUCCUUCUCGGGAAAGACCUUCCACUCCACCUCCAAGAGGAGCCACUGCAACUCCAAGGGGAGUCAGUCCAUCUCGGAUGAGGACAUCCACCUUAUCUAGUCAAUCCCAUAGCUCAACUUCAGUUCUUAGUUUUAUUGCAGACUUUAAGAAGGGAAGAAAAGGUGCAAACUACAUAGAGGAUGCUCAUCAACUGCGGCUUCUUCACAAUCGUUAUUUGCAGUGGCGAUUUGCUAAUGCCAGGGCAGAAGCUGUACUGUAUUUUCAGAAAAUUACUGAGGAGGAAACUUUGUACAAUGUCUGGAAUGCUACUUUGGGUCUGUGGGAUGCUGUGAUCAAGAAAAAGAACAAUCUCCAACAAUUGAAGUUAGAGCUCAAGUUGAACUGUUUGAAUGAUCAAAUGGGAUAUCUUAACAAUUGGGCAUUACUUGAAAGAGAUCAUGUAAGUUCUUUAGCUGGAGCAGUAGAAGAUCUGGAGGCAAGCACUCUGCUUCUUCCUGUAACUGGAGGGGCAAGGGCAGACAUUGAAUCAUUGAAAGCUGCUAUUUCCUCUGCUGUUGACGUGAUGCAGGCUAUGGGAUCCUCCAUUUGUUAUUUACUCUCAAAGGUGGAAGGAAUAAGCAAUUUGGUUUCUGAGCUUGCUGCAAUAGCUACGCUAGAGAAAAACAUGCUUGACCAAUGUGAAGCUCUCAUGGCUUCAACAGCGGCUAUGCAGUUAGAAGAGUACAGUCUUAGGUCUCAUCUCAUACAAAAACAAGCUUUGGAGAGGAAUAAGCAGGCAACGAUGACGAGCAAAACAGUAUUUCCAUGGCCAUAAACCGGCUGGUAAGCUAAUAAUAAUCUCUACCAACAUAUUAUCCUUUAAAGUGAGAAAAUUUUAUUACAAUAUCUGCUCUGCCAACCCCAGAAAAAUGUAAAUUUUCCCCUUUUUGUUUUUGUUGGUAUUUUUUUUCUUU